AUCGACUCUAUCGCGUUAUCUUCGUAACAAAUUGUUUUCAUACAUCAGUGUCAUUUUAACUCGUUACUAAAGUAGACAUUGUUAUUUUGUUUAUAUAGUAUUGUGCAAUAUGGCCGCAAACAAAGUAAAUAUAGAUUUACAAAAAGAACGCGCGAAAUGCAACUUUAACACCGAAGAAUUAACGAACUUGUUAGACUGGGGAGUUAAAUAUACCGAGAGAAGGAGAAACUUAGAGCAAAAGGUAUUAAGCGUUAAAGGCUUGUUGGAUGACACGCCCGAAGAAUACUUGAGCCACAAAGAAAAAUAUGAAAAUGCUAUCAGAAAAUCUGUGUUGUUUUACAAGACUCUACAAUUGUUGGAUGAUGACAUGUCUGUUGAUGAAAGAACUAGAUCUAACUUCCGUAACUUAAUAGCGUCUGCAGUAUUCAAAGAUAACUCUCCAUUCAUGCUGCACACGUCCAUGUUCAUCCCGACUAUAAUGGGCCAAUGUACUGACGAACAAAAGGCGUAUUGGCUCAAACGGGCGAAGAAUAUGGAGAUAAUCGGCACAUACGCUCAGACGGAACUGGGACAUGGUACCUUCAUACGUGGCCUGGAGACGCGGGCAACAUAUAAUCCAGACACGGAGGAAUUCGUUUUGCAUAGUCCAGCACUGUCCUCUUAUAAAUGGUGGCCUGGAGGCUUGGCCCAUACGGCGAACUAUUGCGUAGUUAUGGCCCGUCUCUAUAUAAAAGGGAAGAGCCACGGGAUCCAACCUUUCAUGGUACAGAUCAGAGACGAAGAGACCCACAUGCCUUUGCCUGGAAUCAAACUCGGCGAGAUCGGAGCCAAGCUUGGUUUUAAUACUGUUAACAAUGGCUUUCUGGGCUUCGAAAACCAUAGAAUACCAAGAGACAGAAUGCUAAUGAAGAAUGCACAGGUGUCGAAAGACGGUACGUUCGUAGCGGGCAGUAACAGCAAGUUGACGUACGGCACUAUGGUAUUUGUUCGCGUUAUGAUAGUGAACAACAUGGCCAAUUUGCUUGCUAAGGCGGUUACCAUAGCUGUUAGAUAUAGCGCUAUCAGGAGGCAGUCGCAGCCUAAACCGAAUGAACCGGAGCCACAAAUCUUGGACUACGUGACUCAGCAGCACAAGCUGUUCAUCGCAAUCGCCUCGAGCCACGCAUUCUCCAUCAACGCCAUGUGGCUGUGGGAGAUAUACCACAGCGUCACCACACAACUUGCAGGCGGAAACCUUGAGAACUUGCCCGAGUUACACGCGUUAGCUUGUUGCCUGAAGCCAUUGAGUACAAUAGAUGCUACGGCGAUGAUAGAGAAGUGUCGGCUGGCGUGCGGCGGACACGGCUACAUGCUGUCGGCCAACCUCGCGCAGACGUACGGACUCGCCACCGCCGCAUAUACAUAUGAAGGCGAGAACACAGUGCUGCUGCUGCAAGCUGCUAGAUCUUUAGUAAAAGCCUGGAGCGCUUAUGUUAAAGGCCAGGCUUUGAAAGGCACAAUGGCGUAUCUAGCAGGAGACCCUACAGUGAAGUCGUGGGAUGGCUCCGUUGACGGAAUUAUACAGAGUUUUAAAGUUGUUGCUAUACGUAAAAUAUCGAGCGUUGUGAAGAUUCUUGAGGAAUACGAAAAAUCCGGCCUAUCACCUGAAGACGCUUGGAAUAAGGCGUCAGUGCUCCUUACUGCAGCAUCAGAGGCACACGGCAGAGCUAUACUCCUCUCCGUGUACAAGUCUGAAAUGGACAAGAGAGCUGCCGCGCUGUCUUCGCCUUUGAGGACUGUCUUACUACAAUUAGUAGACUUGUACGUCACCUACUGGGCUCUUGAAAAAGUUGGCGACAUGUUACUGUAUACACCGAUCACGGAAAGAGAUGUCGUCGAACUGCAGCGACGAUACACGGACCUAUUGGCGGUCAUCAGACCCAAUGCAGUCAGUUUGGUCGACGCCUUCGACUUUAGAGAUGAGAUCUUAAACUCAACUCUGGGCGCUUACGACGGUCGGGCGUAUGAGCGUCUGAUGGAAGAAGCUAUGAAGAGUCCGCUCAAUGCUGAGCCUGUCAACCACACCUUCCACAAAUACUUAAAACCUUUUAUGCGUGGCAAGUUGUAAUAAUUUAUAAUAAACAUUUUGUGUAGUCUGUCCCAACUAUUUUGGAACCAAUUUUGUAAAGAUAUGUUUUUGUAAGACUAGAUCUAAGGGAUUCAACAUUAAAAGAGUUAAU